UCCCCGGGGCUGGGCGCYGCUGGCGGAGCCGACGGGGCGGAGAGGAGGGCGGCGGGAGGAGGAGAAGGGGGCUGGUCAAGGGAAGUGCGACGUGUCUGCGGAGCCUUUUUAUACCUCCUUCCCGGGAGUCGAGCAGCCGCCGCCACCAUCACAGCCGCCAUCCGUGCGACCUUCGGUCUCUGGUCCCAGAACCCGGGCUCCGCCACAGCCAGCCAGAAUGUCUGGGGUCAAGAAGCAGAGGACGGACAACCAACAGAAAUCUACCAAUGUAGUGUAUCAGGCCCACCACGUCAGCAGGAAUAAGAGAGGACAGGUGGUUGGAACAAGGGGUGGAUUCCGAGGAUGUACUGUGUGGCUAACAGGUCUCUCUGGUGCUGGAAAAACAACAAUAAGUUUUGCUCUGGAAGAGUACCUCGUCUCCCAUGCCAUCCCAUGCUAUUCCCUGGAUGGGGACAAUGUCCGUCAUGGCCUUAACAAGAACCUGGGCUUCUCGCCUGGGGACCGAGAAGAAAACAUCCGCCGGAUUGCUGAGGUGGCUAAGCUGUUUGCGGAUGCUGGUCUGGUUUGCAUUACCAGCUUCAUCUCUCCAUUUGCAAAGGAUCGUGAGAAUGCCCGUAAAAUCCACGAAUCAGCAGGACUGCCAUUCUUUGAGAUAUUUGUAGAUGCACCUCUAAAUAUUUGUGAAAGCAGAGAUGUAAAAGGCCUCUACAAACGGGCUCGAGCUGGGGAGAUUAAAGGAUUUACAGGUAUCGAUUCUGAUUAUGAGAAGCCCGAAACUCCUGAGUGUGUGCUUAAAACCAAUUUGUCUUCAGUGAGCGACUGUGUCCACCAGGUGGUGGAACUUCUACAAGAACAGAACAUUGUACCCCAUGCCACAAUCAGAGGCAUCCAUGAACUCUUUGUGCCAGAAAACAAACUCGAUCAGGUCCGGGCUGAGGCUGAGAAUCUCCCUUCGUUAUCAAUCACCAAGCUGGAUCUCCAGUGGGUCCAGGUGUUGAGUGAAGGCUGGGCCACUCCCCUCAAAGGUUUUAUGCGGGAGAAGGAAUACUUGCAAACCAUACACUUUGACACCCUGCUAGAUGGCAUGGUCCUUUAUGAUGGAGUGAUCAACAUGAGCAUUCCCAUCGUGCUGCCCGUCUCUAUGGAUGAUAAGACUCGGCUGGAAGGGUGCAGCAAGUUUGUCCUGACACAUGGCGGACAAAGAUUGGCUAUCAUGCAUGACCCUGAGUUCUACAAGCAUAGGAAAGAGGAGCGCUGUUCCCGCGUGUGGGGGACCACAUGUUCAAAACAUCCCCAUAUCAAAAUGGUGAUGGAAAGUGGGGAUUGGCUGGUUGGUGGAGACCUUCAGGUGCUGGAGAGAAUAAGAUGGAAUGACGGGCUGGACCAAUACCGUCUGACACCUCUGGAGCUCAAACAGAAAUGUAAAGAAAUGAAUGCUGAUGCAGUGUUUGCCUUCCAGUUGCGCAAUCCCGUCCACAAUGGCCAUGCUCUGUUGAUGCAGGACACCCGUCGCCGGCUCCUGGAGAGGGGCUACAAACACCCAGUACUCCUGCUCCACCCUCUGGGGGGCUGGACCAAGGAUGAUGAUGUGCCUCUGGACUGGCGGAUGAAACAGCAUGCUGCUGUGCUUGAGGAAGGGGUCCUGGACCCCAAAUCAACCAUUGUUGCUAUCUUUCCAUCUCCUAUGUUAUAUGCCGGCCCCACAGAGGUCCAGUGGCACUGCAGGGCCCGGAUGAUUGCAGGGGCCAACUUCUACAUCGUGGGCAGGGAUCCUGCAGGAAUGCCCCACCCUGAGACCAAGGAGGACCUGUAUGAACCCACUCAUGGGGGGAAGGUCUUGAGCAUGGCCCCUGGCCUCACCUCUGUGGAAAUCAUUCCAUUCCGAGUGGCUGCCUACAACAAGGCUAAAAAAGCCAUGGACUUCUAUGAUCCAACAAGGCACAAUGAGUUCGACUUCAUCUCAGGAACCCGUAUGAGGAAGCUCGCCAGAGAAGGAGAAAAUCCCCCAGAUGGCUUCAUGGCCCCCAAAGCAUGGAAAGUCCUGACAGAUUAUUACAGGUCCCUGGAGAAGCUCAACUAAAUGCACCUUGGCUCCUAAGGUUUCCUUCUGAAGUGCUCUUUGAUUACCUUUUCUAUUUUUGUGAUUAGAUAUUUUAUAUCCACAUUGCUUCUUAGUGACUGAUUUUAAAAUUAAUAUUUUGUAAAAAGGCAAAAACUGUGCCUAUAAUUUAAAGCCAACUUCAUUUUUAUAUAUCAAAGUCAAACUGAAGAUUAAAUAUUAGCAGGUGAAAGCAAUGUUGUUAUACAUUUCAGAAUGAAAUUAGCUGUAUUCUCUACCAUAUCAGAGCACGUAGGUCCCAGAUUUCUAAAGCUUUGACCAUGUGUCUAGUUUACUUGCAAAAAAAGUGAAGCACAUUUUUCAGCUUAAACUUGUCAACCUACAAUCUCAAUAUCAUGUACCAGUGGCAAAAUAAAUUGGAUUAACAGCCCCUUCUGUACAACUGGAAAAAAAAAAAUCAUCACCCUAAAUGAGAUGUGCCUCACAUCAAGUUUCUUGCUAAUCAUUUACCUCAUGACUAUACACAGCCUUACUGCCCAAUAUCCUCUGACUGGAGAAAGAAAAUGUGUGAUAAUGUGAAUUUAGUCUUAGGAGUCUAUGCAACCUACUUCUGCCAUGCAAGUUAUAUUUUCCAAUAAGAGAAGUUUCAGUGGCCUUCCAUGACAAAUAAAUUGUGAUAUAAUAAUAUAGAGUACUCUAAUGAAGGAAUUUGUACCAAUGGAUCAAUCUGACCAUGUUAUAGAAAGUUAAUUUUUCUCCUUUGUUGUGGUCACUGUGUCUACAGAGUGGUUAGGGCCUAUCUGACAGCAGCAGCAACAGCUAUAAAUAACCAAAAAGUAAUUCACAUCAUCAGACUAGCAAGGAACUAGAACUGGAAAAGACCGCAGAAUUAUCAAAUACUAACAUUUUCUCUUAGAGGUAAACAAAAUUAGGAGAUAUACAUUCAUGUGCCUUGUGAGCUGCUGAGCAUUAUAUCAAAAAAUGAAAAAUUCCCAUUAGGAAGUACUCUUGGCACUGAAUGAGUGCCCAGGACAUUUGGAUCCUGUCUGGUGUUCUGUCUACACCAGACAAUACAGCUGGGUCUGUGCCCCCUCAGCUUCUUAGUCUUUUGACCAGCGGGGGCUUAAAAAGCAGCCUUUUUGGAUAAAAAAAAAGGUCCAGAGUUUUGUAAACUCCACUAAUUUUAUUGUAGUUGGAACUGAAACUUUUCCAAAGACUCAGGCUGUUCUGAGAUGUCCUAUGAUGGCUUUAAUUCCAAGAAAUAAUCUUUUGUGCUCUAUGCAUAAAUUUUAUGCCAAGGAACAUAUGAAAAAACAGCAUAUUUUAUACAUAGGUUUCUAUUGGAGAAACCUAAACUAGAAAUAGAAAACUGAUUUUUUUUUCAUAUUGUCCAUUAAAAAAAAAAGUCUGGGCUAAUACAAGUUCUUUUGAUAAUAAAUUACACACAAUGGCCACAGCAAAGUUUGUUUUUAACACAAUAGUGCCUAUACUCAUUUAAUCAGAGAUACUCACAAUGCUGCCUUUUUAGAAAACAGGAUAUUUAUUUAAAACAUGAGAUAGGAUAUAGUGCCUUAACCAAAAUGUAUUUUGUGAUUUUAAAAAAAUAUAUUUAAAAUUGCUCUUUUGCUGUAGUUCUAUAUUUAGUGCAAUGACUCUUUCUGUGUACAACCGAUGCUUGUCCUUAUUUUAAUAAAUUUCUUAAAAC